AUGGGUGUGAGUGCCGCUUCUAUACUGAACCAACUCCUCCGCAAGCAAAACCUGAACCCACAGCAACAGUCCCAAACAAACGCAGUGAUCAAAACAAUCCUCACUUACCUCAAAGCGGGACGCAUCCGAAAAGCCACUUCCAUUCUCUUCGCAUUCCCAAAACCCUUCCCGUACUCUCUCUAUGCCCUUUUCUUCCGCCUAUGUUCAUCCCACCGCACCAUCGUCGAGGCUCGCAAGGUCGAGUCCCACUUGCUCACCUUCUCCCCCAACCCGCCCACCUUUCUCCUCAACCGCGCCAUCGAGUCCUACGCUAAAUGCCACUGUCUCCGCGACGCCCGCGAACUGUUCGACGAAAUGCCUCGACGAGAUGGCGGCACGUGGAAUGCCCUCAUUACUGCUUACUCCCAGUUCGGUUUCCCUGACCAGGCUUUUUCCUUGUUCACGUGUAUGACUAGGUCCGGUGUUUUCCCCACUGAGGUUACUUUUGCUAGCGUUCUUGCCUCUUGUGCUGCUGCUUUUGAACUUCUUCUUUCCAAGCAGGUUCAUGGGCUGGUCACAAAGUUUGGCUUUUGUGGCAAUGUGAUCCUUGGGAGUUCACUUGUUGAUGUGUAUGCCAGGUGCGGGGUUAUGAUUGAUGCUCGCAGGAUGUUUCAUGAGAUUCCGCAGCCUAAUGCUGUCACUUGGAAUGUGAUUGUGAGGCGUUAUCUUGAUGCAGGUGAUGCAAAGGAAGCAAUUUUCAUGUUCUCGCGGAUGUUUUCCGCUGCGGUUCAGCCGAUGAAUUUUACUUUCUCUAAUGCUCUUGUUGCUUGUUCCAGCUUGUCUGCGCUCCAUGAGGGGAUGCAGAUUCAUGGGGUGGUUGUGAAGUUGGGCCUCCAAGAGGAUAAUGUCGUUUCAAGUUCGCUUGUGAACAUGUACGUCAAGUGUGACAAGCUGGAGGAUGGUUCUCGGGUUUUUGAUCUGCUUGGUUCGAGAGAUUUGGUAUCUUGGACUUCUAUGGUAUCGGCGUAUGCAAUGAGUGGGAAAACUUUGGAGGCAAGAAAGCUUUUUGAUGAGAUGCCUCAACGGAAUGUCAUCUCAUGGAAUGCAAUGUUAGCAGGAUAUGUUCGGUGGUUUGAUUGGUCUGAGGCGUUAGAUUUUGUGUAUCUCAUGCUUGAUAAGAUUAAAUAUGUAGAUCAUGUCUCUCUUGGUUUGAUGUUAAAUGUUUCUGCAGCCAUUUCGGAUCAUGAAAUGGGGAAACAAAUUCAUGGAUACAUCUAUAGACAUGGCUUCCACUUGGACAUUAGGGUUAGCAAUGCCCUUCUUGAUAUGUAUGGUAAAUGUGGAAACUUGAACAGCGCCAGAGUUUGGUUUAACCAGAUGAGUAAUUGGCGUGACAGGGUUUCUUGGAAUGCUUUGUUGGCUAGCUAUGGCCAUCAUCAGUUAAGUAAACAGGCUUUAUCAAUGUUUUCAGAGAUGCAGUGGGAGACAAAACCAACCAAAUAUACACUUGGAACCCUUUUGUUAGCAUGUGCAAAUACCUUUUCUCUUUAUCAUGGCAAACAAAUUCAUGGGUUCAUCAUUAGACAUGGAUUUCACAUAGAUACUAUUAUCAGAACUGCUUUGGUUUACAUGUACGGUAAAUGUCGUUGUCUCGACUACGCUAUUGAGGUUCUGAAGGGGGCAGUUUGUAGGGACGUGAUAAUUUGGAAUACUAUAAUUUUGGGAUGUUGUCACAAUCAUAGGGGUAAAGAAGCGCUUGAACUUUUUGUGAUUAUGCAAACAGAAGGCAUCAAGCCAGACCAUGUGACCUUAAAGGGCAUUCUGCUUGCUUGCAUUGAAGAAGGCCUGGUUGACUUUGGCACAGAAUGCUUCGACUCAAUGAGCAGUAGAUUCCAAGUCCUACCUCGGCUGGAACAUUAUGACUGCAUGAUUGAACUUUACAGUCGGCAUGGAUACAUGCAUGACCUCGACAAUUUUAUGAGGACAAUGACCAUUGACCCCACCCUUCCUAUGUUGAAGAGAGUUCUUGAUGUUUGUCAGAAAAAUGAGUGGGCAAGAUUGGGAGAAUGGGUCACAGAAAAAAUUAAUGAAUUUAAAUACUAA